AUGAAUAAACCAGACACUGCGCAAUGCAAAGCUGUCCAGGACGGAUACGUGGACGAAAUAGCGAUUGCAGGCUACUAUGGAGGUUUCGUAAACACAAAUUGGGCAACAUGCCAGGCCAAAGCACAGAGUUGCGGCCUCAACUACAAUUCUCCUUCGGACCCGACCUACUACUCCGCGYCCAAGAAUUGCUUGCAAGGCAGCGUGCCCACAUAUUACAUCGACGUGCGACAAGUCUCGGAUGUGCAAGCUGCACUGAAGUUCGCAGAUUCGACUGGCGUGCCUCUGGUCAUCAAGAACAGUGGUCACGAUUACAAGGGUCGAUCGAGUGGACCCAAUGCUCUUGGACUUUGGACCCACAACGUACAGCCUGCGAUCAAGCUGACACGAGACUUCACCCCUGAAGGCUGCUCAUCUCCCGCAGGGGACGCUGUAACGCUUGGAGCAGGACAAGGCUUCGGCGGCCUGUACGAAUUUGCAGAGGCCAACAACAUCACUGUGGUAGGAGGAAGUUCCAAGACGGUCGGACCGGUGGGCGGAUGGAUUAGUGGAGGUGGACAUGGUGCUCUUUCGAACACACUUGGUCUUGGAGUGGACAACGUGAUGCAGAUCCGCACAGUCCUUCCCAAUGGCACAUAUGUCACGGCGAACAGGUGCCAGAACCAGGACUUGUUCUUUGCGCUACGCGGUGGUGGCGGAUCUACAUUCGGUGUCAACAUGGAAAUGACAACACGAGCUCACCCUCGAUUGGACCUGGAAGUCGCAUACAUCCGUUUCUUGUCAGCGGACCUUGACUCCGUCAACAAGCUCAUUAGACUCUGCACCGAGAACGGAGACAAAUGGGCCUCAGAGGGGUGGGGCGGCUAUAUCGCUCCUGGCGCGCAAGGCAAGCUUGUCAGUGGAUUGAUCUUGAUGACCCCAAAACUCAGCCACGCAGAGGCAGUAGCCUCAAUGAAGCCACUCACAGACUACGUCGCCAGUCUCGGUCAACUGCCGCUGAACAACGAGGUCAACUCCGAGACAUCCUUCUACACAGCCUACGAGAAAUACAUCAGUCCCAACCAAGAGCACGUCGGAUUGGGAGUCGCCAUCGGUUCAAGAUUCAUCCCUCGAGGAAUGCUCAAGACUGCUGCUGGCCAGAAAUCCGUCGCGGCCGCUAUGCAGAAGGCUCUCAACAUGGUCGUACCGCUCACCGCAGCAAACCCACUCGAUCUCCGCGCGUUKACCUAUGGGGCGCCCUUCCAAAUCCUUUUGACGACUCCAAGUAGUUAUGCGGGCGACGGCUCCUCUGCUUUGACACCCGCAUGGUAUGGCGAUAACGGUGCCGCCUGGCACGUUGUAUUGGGAGCGGGAUUUGCCAACGACGCGGAUGCUCAGACCAUUUCCAAUGCCUUCAAGACCGCGAAUGCUGCAGCGCAAGUUUUGAGGGAUGUGGCUCCUAAUUCUGGAGCAUACCAGAACGAAGCUGAUAUUUAUGAGCCGGAGCCCAUUGAUAGUUAUUGGGGACAGGCUAAUUAUGAUCGGCUGUUGAGUUUGAAGCAAAGUGUGGAUCCGAAGAAUGUUUUGACGUGUUGGGGAUGUAUUGGAUGGGAUAAGAGUGAUGCGAGGUAUGGGUGCUAUCCUAGUAUUUCAUGA